AUGCUUUCCAAACUCUACUCCGCUGCUUUCCUCACUCUCGCACUCCUCUCGCCAGUCUUUGCUCUUCACUCGACAGAGAGAUCCAAAUUUCAACCGGCGUUGAUGCAAGUGCUUCUUGCACUCUCUUCUACUCCAAUCUUGGGAUUUGUAAAAUACCAAGCGAAUGGUAACUGCAAUCAUGGAGAUGCAGCUGGUACUACCGUUCCUCCUAACGACCAAGCCCGCAACCCAGGCUCAAUAGGAAUCUGCAAGGGCGGUGCCACCGCGGGCCCCGCGAUGCUGAACAUAGAAUUCGACCGCAGCUUCCGUGCUACAGGGAACGGGGUUGUUACCUGGUGUGAUGUCGGGUGUCGAAAUUCGUCCGAGCAGUUUCAGGAUACGACUGAUUCGGCAAUGUGUUCGAGGGCGCCGCUGAAUUGUGUGAUUGGGAGUUUCGCUGUUGUUGAUGUGUUAUGGGAGUAUUGGGGGUGUUGGUUGGUGGGAGAAGAUUGGAUUGGAGGUGUUGGAUUAGAUUGCCACUUGUUUCGUGACUUUGGCUAUGUCAUGUCGGAGAGAGACUUUCACGAAGGAUGUUUUCCAUGAACUGCGCACUUUCACGCUGUCCGAUUUCCCUUCCCUUUUCAGUAAAUGCGAAUUUCUAUUAGCAAGUAUGAACGUGAAAGGCAAUUUCAUUCUGAUUCCGAAUCUCCCAUUAGAAAAAGCAUGCUUCAACGCAUGAUCUCUUUCUUCACCACACUUAUUAGAAGUAUAUAUAAACCGGAUAGAUAUCCAUGCUACGAUACCCUCAAACGGUCUUUCGUUCACUUAAGUAUAUGAACGAAGUACUUACACAUACGGCCAUAGAUUGCGGAUAUUUG